UUACUAUUUCUUUCCCGCCCCUCCAUUUCUACUGAACUCUGUCUCAGAUCUCCGCCAUGAAUCCUGCAAAUCCAUAUCUCAAUCACCAUUCUUUCACUUUCCUUUCCCAAAACCCUAACCCUAACUCUAACCGUAGCCCUAGUUUUCCAUUCCCUCCCUUCCCAGCUCCACCCCUUCCUUCGAUCCUCACCACUCCAAACCCACCCCAAAACCCUAACCCUAAUCCACUCCUCCCUCCAAACACCACCAUCCCUGACGCAAUCUCGGCCCUCAAGCACUCCAUCCAUCUGGCGCAAACCACCCUCCAAUCUAUAUCCCGUCUUCUUAACCUCCCCUGCUCCGAUCCUCCCAAAACCCACCUCUCUCCCUGCCCUUUCAACCCCAGCCACCUCCUCCCCGUACAUUCCCUUUUUCUCCAUUUCAUCCGCUGCCGUUCCUCUCCCGCCGCCCUCUCCCCUUCCCUGAUUGACUCCCUCCGCUAUCCCAAAUCUCUCCUCGACCCUCCCAACCAAACCCGCUUCCCCAAAUCCGAUGCCGACCUUUGCUUAUCGCUCGAUGAAUACAUUGGCUUCGGUGGUUCAAAUUUCUUUUACAAGGACUGCCCUGGUGUUGUCCGAUCCUCUGACCAGGAUGCUGCCAGGAGGACUUUCACUCUUCCCGCAGUUUUAUCUGUCGAGUGUGCGAAUUUCGCCAGUGAUGGUGAUAACAAGGAAAUUAAGGAGGGGGUUCCAGAGAUUCUUCUUCUUCCUUCGGAAUUGUGGGCCUUGAGGAGAGAAAUCAAGGCAUGGAGUGAUUACCCGUCGUCGUAUUCUUACACUGUUCUGCGGGCCAUUUCCUGCUUAAAACGGAUGGACGAAUUGGAUGUGUUGAACUGGGUCAUUGGGAAUUCGCCUCGGUAUGGGAUUGUGAUCGAUGUCCCAAUGCGGGAUCACAUGUUUGUGAUUUUGAAGCUGUGCUUGAAGGUGAUUUGGCGGGAGGCUUCAAAGUCUCUGGAGUUGGUGACAAGGGGAGAGUUGGGUUCUGGAGAGAAUUUGAAGUUGUUGUGUUUUGUCUGUCCACGUUUGGUUGAAGUCCUGAUGUGGUUGGGUUUGCAGCUUUCUGUUUUGUAUGGAGAACAGAAUGGGAAACUAUUUGCCAUUGAGAUGCUUGCUCAGUGUUUAUUGAGUGCAGGGUCGGGUUCGUUGUUGUUCAUGUUGGGGGGAAAAGAGGAAAGGGAUUUAGAUGCUGCUGAAAGUUCAUGGUCUGAAGGUAAAAUGUUUGUUUCACAAGUUGCAGCUGCAAUUGCGGCACUGCAUGAACGGUCCUUGCUGGAGGAAAGAAUCAAGGAGUUGCGUUUUGGGGUACCACCUUCAAAAGUUCAACUGAUAAAUGAACAUUUAUCUGUGUCAAUGAGGGCAAAUGAGGAGCGAGCUAAGCGCCCUGACUAUAGAGCCUUACUUGAGCAUGAUGGGCUUCUUUGGCAGCAAUCGCGCAACCAGGACACAAAUAAAAACAAGACAAGAGAGGAGAUGUUGGCUGAGGAAAGGGAUUAUAAACGGCGGAGGAUGUCCUAUCGUGGUAAGAAGGUGAAGCGAACAACGACAGAGGUGAUGCGGGAUAUAAUUGAGGAGCACAUGGAGGAAAUCAAGCAGGCAGGAGGGAUUGGGUGCUUGGUGAAAGGAGCUCAAGAAACUGUAUCAAGUUCUGCUUGUGACAAAAUGGCAGAUGUUGAUGAGUUAAAAGGCAGCGGGCGCCGCUCAGUCGAAACAAACAGAAGUCAUUCUCAUGUUUAUGAGAGACAAGUACACACCGGCUUUAACAUCGCAUCUAAGAGGCUAGAGGAUGCUCUUACAAAAGAUCAAUCGGGCAUGAGCAGUGGUUUGAAGUAUGCACACCAGCAUCAGAGUUAUGAACGCCAUGCGUCUAAUAAUUCUUGGGAAGAUCGCAAGAGAAGUGUCAGCAGGGACAAUCAUGAUAGAGAGUAUAGAUCUAGAAGUCCACAUGGUUAUCGAAGUCACAGCCAGUCACGUGAGCGACAUGGGCGUCAAAGAGAGCAAGAGCAAGAUGAUGUGGAAGGGACCAGGAAUAAGUAUGAAAGGAAUGGUUCCUUAUCUUCUCACAGUUCUAAACACCGGGAUAACCAAUCCUUCUCUUCUUCUUCCUCAAAACUUUCACAGGAUUCAAGCACGAGUAAGUGUGAUCAGAUGCCAGAAAGUAAACAUAGACAUGGACACUGGACUCAGGGGAAGCAUAAGUCAGGUUCUGCAGCACAAAGUACUUUUGAUGACAGAUACGAUCCUUCUGGCUUAUAUGAUAGGUAUGAAGAGACUAGUGAUGCCUCUUUGGACAGCAAAUACAUUAGACCGGAUAAAUUGUACAGUCAAACAGAUGAUGUCAAGCAUCAUAAACUACAAAGACUUGACAAGUCUAGCAAAGGACAUUGCCCUGAUCAUCAGAAGAAGUCAUGAAUGGAUCUUAUGUUGUAUUUAUACUUUAGAAGUCAUUCAGGCUUCAGGAAUAUAUUCUAUGUUUGUAUCCUCCUUUGUAUCCUCAAGCUGGCCAUUUUUGUUCGUUAUAAACUUUUUUUAAACUUACUUUGCAAAGCACAGCAAAGAUUAAAAAUGUAUUUGCUCUUUGUCAGGCUUUUAGUUCUGCUUUAUUUCAUUUUCCUUUUCUGACUGAUGACUAAAUCCUAAAACCAGAAGGCUAUAAUAUAAGUUAAUGUUUAUGUGGUUUUUAAUUUUGCUAGACUGUAAUUUAUGGAGCCUGAUAAGAAAGCUCCCCCUCAAAAUGGCUCGUUUCCUCUUUCUUCGGUCUCCCCAUCCCCAAACAGCUCCCUCCCUCUUAGUUCUCGUCCACCAGCAGGUGUCUCUACCACUCGUAUCUCUCCCUUAAUGGUUCCUCCCCCACAAAGUGCAAGUAUGGAUGUCCAAAAGAUGUAAUUCGUGUUUGUGCAUAUUCAUCAGAAAUAAAUUUGCAGAUUGUCACAUUGGUGCAUUACAAAAUUGUCCACAAAAAGAAGUACAGGAACUGUCCACAGUAAAAAGCCAAAAUCCACCAACUCUACAUCAGUGGACAACCGAACACAUUGGUCCAAAAUACUUGAAUGCAGUCUUGCAAAACUCGCAUCUGUCCACAUUGUUCAGCCAUUGAGAUGGAAUUACAGUUGGCGCAAUCAAGCCAAUGCUUUGUUUGCCUCCCUGUGUUUGCUUGUGAUAGCUAUGUUUAAGAAAUUAUUCGCAUUCAUCCGCUGUUAUUGAAGUGAAUUGUUCCUACACUGAAAUUCAGUUCGUGGACGGCUAAGUUAAUACCUUGGUUCAGCCUUUGGAAGUUCAGUUUGGAUCAACUCUCUGCUGUGCUCCAGAUUCAUGAACUUGAUGCAGAAUUCCGCUUGUUUUUCAAUAAACUCUAAACAUGUACUCCCCCUCAUCAACUGGCCUUAGUGUCUCAAAAAGCAGGCUGAGGGCAAGUAACUUACCUUCAAUAAAUCUCAUCUCUAUGGAAAAGUCAUGCUUGUUAUGAAGCCACAAUUCUGCAACCGUCGCUGCCUGAUCUAUCAUGGAGUUACGUAUGUCCAUCAUAUAGGCAACACUCUCCUUGUUGCUACUCUCCAUGAUAUUCAUCUGAUGCCUGAAAUAAGUCAAAUGAGAAUCCAGGACAGAUCUUUGGUGUCACAACUGACUCUGUCGGCAUUAUCGAUGACAGUCUGUGCGGCUUUAUGGUUUUUGGUCAGAUUUUCAAUGGGGCCUGAAGCAGAAAUUCUAUGUACAUGCGAACAUUUCUAUGCUGUAGUCACUGAGCCACUACAGCAACAUACCAAAGGGAGAAAUAUGCAGGGCAAAUUUGAACAUAGCUUUGUAAACUGUUGUUCGUCUUCCAACUCCUGGAAUUGGGUAGAAAUUUGAACAGGAACAAUUGCAGUGAGAGAUGGAGGACCCCUAAAGUAGGCACAUGUACUGGAUGCUCUGCGUGACUCCCUGACCAUCUUUAAGUCUGUGAGUUAUCUGGAUGCCUGGUUAUGUGGCUUUUUCUCAUAUGUUGAGUUGUCACGUGCAUGGUGCUAUUUCCUUGAUGAAAGUGGGCUUUUCGAUCUCAUGUAAGAUACACACUGGAAAGGUGAAAUAUAAUACUUUUAUCCUUUUCUGGUUUUAUCUCGCAAAAUGGUAAUAUGGGUGACCAAAUAAUUUGCAAUGAUCUCUAAGGGACAGUUCUUUCUGUUUCCUGUUUUCCUUUUAUGAGCGAGUAUUAAUAAAUAGCCAUUACGCUUAAAAACAGGUGAUAAUGAUUUGGUUGACCAUGUUACACCUUCCGUCUAGGUCAGAAGUAUAUCGUUGGUUCCUUUCUUACAAAUGGAAAAUAAAAGAGUGCCCUCAUUAACAUAUUCACCCAAAGUAAUUUGGAAAGAUCUCUAGGGUAGUUAUGGCUGUUUCAUGUUUUCCCCUUUUGGGUAUUAAUGAAUUGCUAUUAUUCAUAAAAUCAGAUAACAAUGAUUUGGGUGACCAAGUAAAACCUUAUGUCCAGGUGAGAGAUAUAUCCUCACAAAUGGAAAGUAAAUGGAUGCCAUCAUAAACAUAUUUCUAAAAGUUGCAUUAAACUUUUGACGCUCCCCUUCAUGCUAAUAUGCAUGCCUUUAUCAGUCAAAGAUUUGCUUAUGAAUGAUUGAAAAAAUUCCUGCCUGGUGGUAAUGUCAGCCUCCAUUGCUUCAUACCAAUAAAUGGUCUUACUCAAACAAAAAGUAAGACUGAAAAUUUUGCUUCUUAGAAAAUGUCUUGCUCAGUACUUCUGUCACCUUCUUUCUCACUAAAUGGCAGAUGACCUGACCUCCAAUGGUUGGGUUCUUUCAUUAAGGAUAUGUUUUUUGAAGCUGUCUGUGUGAUGUUCUGACAUUGUAAUUAGCACAGAAUUAGGCUUGUUGUUGCUCUACACCUGCAUUUGGCUUCUCCCAUGACCAUGAGGCCUUAAAACCAUUUUACCAACUGCAGAAGGCUGUCUGGUAUUUUGCUUUAGCACUAAACUAGAUAGUGUCGAGCUACUCUUCCACACACGGUAAUCAUUGGUUGACUUUAGUCAUUUGCGAGGUACUGUCAGUAGGCACCAAGUGCUAGUAGUUUUAUAAAGCACAAUAGUUUUCUGGUUUUCUACCUAUAAAAAAAAGUUCUGGUGUUCUUCCUCAUGCGCAGAUGAGCAUUUCAUGGUUGAUGGACACAGUCGUACCAUUGGUUGCCAUUCAAAAAAAAAAAAAAGGACAAUCGUACCAUUACCAUUACUGAUGGACUGACAUUUUGGAAGUUAAUAUCAGUGGAGAUCGUGGUGCACAGCCUGUCUUAUCCCCAUCCAAAGGACAUUGAAUCAACAACCAUACAAGUCUUAGAAAGAGGAAGAAUCACAGGAAUUUUGGGGCUUACUGAUGAUGUCAUGCUGAAGUCAGACAGGCCCACAGAUCCAGGUUUGCAUGGAAAUGGAAAAGUGUGCCUUUUUUUUUAGUUAAGGAAGGAUUUUUAAUGGGAUUUUAUUAUUUUAUUUUUUUGGAAAAGCUGCAAUGAGGUAGAAAGCUUGAUUUAUUUGGGGUUCUUUCUUUCUGUUUUCAAUAGAGGUAGAAGCUGAAGUUGUCAGGGCUUUUGAGGGUUGAGGAUAAGCAAUAACCAAGGCUAGCAUUUAGUUUAGGGCUUUGUUGCUUUUGAGGAUUUUACGUGAUCAUAGCAAUUUUUUAUUUUUUAUUUUUUCCAUAGAAUGCCUUUUCACUGAAUUUUAUGCGAACUGCUAUUCUACUUUUAUGAAGUCUUUUUUGCUCCCUUUCAAUUCUAGAUAUGAUUUCUUGUUGAAGUUUAUUCUAUAUGUCAUUUUUAUUGAUUCUUUUCACCUAGUUUUGUUAUUGCUCGAGGAAUUUCUAUUAUGUCUAAAAGAAAUUACUGAAUUAGAGAGCUGAUGUGCAUAAAUUAGCUCUGAUAUGCAUCAGAUAGAAAUUGAAACAUCCUCUAUUAUUUAUUUUUAGUUUUUUGCUUGAUAGAAUAUGUUGCUUGGGAGCUUAGAUGUGCACUUCUAAACUGGAAAGUCUGAGCUUAUUUCGGCUAGAUGCCUUAGAUGAUUACUCUUCACGGGAGAAAAAAUUGCUUUGGCUGCUUGUAGCACGAUGUAACAUUAACUUCUAUUGAAUGCAGCCCAAUAACAGACUUAACCAAAACUGUGUAUCUUUGAGUGUCUU